UGGAGCAGAAGAGAUAAGAGACGUGACAGGGAGGGAGAGUUCUGUUUCCUGGUGUGUCUCUCACCGAAAGAUUGUCCGCGCGUCUCACCGUCAACCUCGCGUAUCGUCGAAAUGUCGUACGCGUACCUGUUCAAGUAUAUCAUUAUCGGAGACACAGGAGUUGGAAAGUCCUGUCUUCUUCUUCAAUUUACGGAUAAGAGAUUUCAGCCAGUUCAUGACUUGACAAUAGGAGUCGAGUUUGGUGCUCGUAUGAUUACCAUUGAUAGCAAGCAAAUUAAACUGCAGAUUUGGGACACUGCGGGCCAAGAGGCUUUUCGUUCUAUAACGAGGUCCUAUUAUCGUGGAGCGGCCGGAGCUCUAUUGGUAUAUGACAUUACACGUAGGGAAACUUUUAAUCAUCUUACAACAUGGCUGGAAGAUGCAAGGCAACAUUCAAAUUCCAAUAUGGUUAUCAUGUUAAUUGGUAACAAAAGUGAUCUGGAUAGCCGAAGAGAGGUGAGGAGAGAAGAAGGCGAGGCUUUUGCACGGGAGCAUGGUCUUGUUUUUAUGGAAACCAGUGCUAAAACUGCAGCUAAUGUAGAAGAAGCGUUCAUCAAUACGGCAAAAGAAAUUUAUGAAAAAAUACAAGAGGGAGUCUUUGACAUUAACAAUGAGGCAAAUGGUAUUAAGAUUGGACCACAACAUUCACCAACAAGUCCUGGAGGUUUAGCAGGAACUGGAGGACAAGGUAGUGCGCAGGGUGGUGGGUGCUGCUAGGGGCUGGGGCUUACCUGUCCACCGCUUCAUCCUUCUCCGAUCUGAAUUGACUUUACUCCUGCUCUUCAUUUUAAUCUGAACACAUUUACUUUGUGCAAUUUAAUUUUGCGCAUGUCGCGUCAUGAGGUAACAAGUGACAAUUGGUGUAUUUAUUAGUUAAAAUAAUCUUAUAUACGUAUUAAAUAGGAUUAUUAUAAGGUGAAAAUGUUAUACAUCACUAAAAUCAUGAAGCAUAAUAAAGUCUUUAUUUACAAAUUAAACUUGGAAAGAUAUGAAUCAAGUUAUGUCAUUCUUCAAUAGAUUUCUGGCGGAUAUAUUUAAUUCUAAAACAAACGUACUUUCCAAUUUAAUAUACAAUUAUUUUUUAUAUAAUUAUUAUAUAUAACGAUUUUUGUUCUUGCAUAUUACGUAAUAGUUUUACUUUCUAUACAAAAUAUGAAAUAUUUUAAAUCGGUAUCUAUAAAGUUUCAUUAAUUUUUAUGUAGAAACUUUUACAUUUAUUUAAGUAUACAUUAAAUAUUUUAAAUUUAAUUACAUUGUAGUCUAGUUAAAAGCUUGUCUCCCACUUUAUGCAGCACGAUGUGAAAUAAUUGUAUCAAGUAAUGUAUUAAUUAUUGGGAGUGAUAAAGCGGGAGAGGACAGGCACUUCGAUUUAAUAUUUUAUAUUUGUUUAAUAUGUACUGUAAUGUAAUGUGCACUAAUGAUCAAAAUUCCAUUCUAUCGAUCGAUAGUGGCUCAUGGACGCUAAUGUUAAAUUGAUUUGACGUGAUUUACACCUAAUUAUCUAAAACAUUAUAUACAAAUAUAUAUGUAUGUAUUGAUGUAUAAGAUAAAAUGAUUAUAUAAAACAUAUAUUAAUCAAUGCCAUCAGAAGGCCUAUAUUUAACCAGAUUUAUAUUCUACAUAAUAAUUACCAAUCAAUCUCUUAUUAUAUAUAUUGACUAUUGGUAUCAUUAUUUAUGAUCUUUUUAAAGAUAAAGACAUUAUUAGUGCUAUUAACAAAAAAAAAUAAAUUUUACACAAUUUAUAAUUAAAAUUCUCAAAUAUUUAAUACAUUGCACAAGUUAUACAUUUAAAUUAAAUUGUUCAAGAUCAUAGAUAAAGAUAUCAAUACAAAUAUAACAGUGAUAAUUUUACCUAUGCUUUAUCGAGAUCCAAAAAUAAUUUUAUUUAACGUAUAUUCCUGUCUUUAUUUUACAAAAAUAAUUACGAAUAUUUUGAAAUCUACAGAGACAUGAGACACGAAUAUUUAAAUACAUGGUGAAUUAAGAAUAGGCUUUAAUAGUGCACGUUAUUAUAUUUAUUGAAAAAUUUAUCAGCUGGCAACAAAAAUAAAUUAUAUAUUAACAAUAUUUCUCGAAAUUAUGACCAGACACAUCUAUAAGCUUAUUAUAUAUCUAAUUAGUACAAAUUGGCUUCUCUGAGCAUUAUUAUAAUCAAAUGUUAUUAAUAUCUUAAUAUGGGGUUAUAUUUAAUUGUUAUACCAAAGAAUGUGUUAGCAUUGUACAUCUCUUUUGCGCUUGUACACUGUAAUAAUUAAAUGUACAUUGGUUACAGGAAAUUGCAUUCAAUACAUUCAAUUUAGUAUAAUCUAGCGAUUAUUAUAAUCAAAACUAACUAAUUGACGGCUUGUGAUGUAUUUUGUAUGUAUGCUUCAGGCAUAUCUUUUCAAUUGGAAAAUAUAUAUGUGCACAUUA